CCCUGAGAUGACCACGGUGCUGACCCAGGAGCUGGAGCGGAUCCCCGACCAGCUGGGCUACCUGGUGAUCUGCGAUGGAGCUGUGCUGGCGUCAGCCGGUGACCUGGAGAACGCCGAGCACACGGCCGGGGUGAUCUCAGAGCUGGUGGCCACAGCCUGUGGCUUCCAGCUCCAGCAUGGCCCCGACCCCCAGUUCAAAUGCCUAUCAGUGGUGUUCGGGGAGCACACUUUCCUGGUGACCAUUUCCUGCCAGAAGAUCUUCGUGGUGAAGCGACAGAACCACUUGUGGGAGCCGGUCGCUGUCUGAGCCGCGGGGGUGGGGUCCAUGCACGAGUGUGGCUGGGUGAAAUGGGGGGGAGGGCUCCCCUUGAGUUCCUGACCAGACUCUGGCUUGACCUGUGGGGGUGUCAUAGGGGCUGGUCGGGGACUCCCCCCAGCUUUCCCCUGGCAGCACCUGCCCCCCAUGGCUGCCUGAAUAAAGCCUCUGCACCCGUUAGGGCU